AUGCAGCUAGAGCGGAGGGCAACUUCAUUUCUCCAUGGUGGUUCAAGAUUCUUAUCAACUGGACAGCUGACGCUUUUGAGAAAACUUGUUUCUUCUACUGAGAGAUUUUCCUCAAUCAGCACAUCAUCAAUAAAGCCAGCAUUUGCUACAAAUCAAGCCACUCAGUUAUACAGUGUUCCAUCACAAAAAGUUCCUGAUUUUCCCGAUCUUCCCGCAUCACAUGGAAACUUGACGCUUACUUUCCAAAAUGGUGUGCCAAUUUUAGUGGUUCCACUUCCAUCUCGAACGGAGCCUUGUCAAUUUACUCUACGACCUUUUUCAGACACAGUGGGCAGUUUUUGUGAACAGUUGAAGCAGGAAGAUCGCGGAAUUGACCAUGUUGGAAUUUAUAUGUCAUAUGGCGUCAGAGUUGCCAAUGCCACGUCGAUGGAACGUCUGAUUCAAUUCCGAACGUUCCGUUUGCGCAUCAACGAUCGCCAUUUUGAUGUUGAUGUGGCUAAAUUGGAACUGGACCCAAUUAGCGAUAGGGUCCGUUGCAUUGAUGACAUGCGCGCCGUUGUAGCUCAACUGCACGGAGUUUUGAAUAUUAAUGAAUACAAAGCUGAAAGGGAACGACGACUACAAGAACGCCUGGAGGAAACUGAAGAGGAGUUAAAACCAUUGCAAGAGGCAAAAGAGCUAAUUGAAUGUGAGUGUAGGACGCAUUCGGAGCGGCUGAUGAUCACUGGAUUUGCUGCAAUGGGCAUUCAAACGGGAAUAUUUGCUAGGUUGACUUGGUGGGACUUCUCAUGGGAUAUCAUUGAACCUUGUACAUAUUUUGCCACCUACUCUACCAUUAUUGCUACGUUUGGCUAUUACCUGUACACUAAACAGCCUUUUGAAUAUCAGCAAGCUCAAGAGCGGAUCUUCUCCAAGCAAUUUUACAAAAGAGCUGCAAAGCACAACCUCAAUAUCAACCGAUACAAUGAAUUGGUUGCUCAGAGGGACGAGAUUCGUAGAUUGCUCGGAUGUAUUCGUGAUCCUCUUAAUUUGCAUAUGCCAGUCCCCUACUUGUCAAAAUACGAAAAGCUC